AUGAAGACCAUCGUUGUGCUACUCGUCACCCUCAUCCCAGCGAUCUUCUCCGAAGAUGCGCAGAAAACCGAAAUGAAAGCGCUGCCCCAACAGCAAAUGGCUGCCGCCGCCCAUCCCCUUCCGGUCCAGGCCGAAGCUAAACAGAGCCACAUGGCCAAGCAAGAACAGCCCGCUGGCUUUCGCAUGAAUCAGCCCGCUGGCUUUCCCAUGAAUCAGCCGUUCAUGUUUGGUAUGCCCAUGCCCGGCGCCGGUGGAAUGCCUUUCCCACAACCCAUGCAGCAGCCCCACCCAUCUGACCUUGAUAAGGCCCGCAAUAAACCGGCACGCCAACAGGGAGCCGAUAAGGGAGCGGCCAAUCAAGCCCGUCCACAAAUGAACCCGGACCCCAUGGCUGCCAUGUGGCAACAAUUCGGACCGCAGAUGCAAGGUCCAGGCAUGGGAUUCCCCUUCCAGCAUCCGUUCGCUCCUCAAUUCGCUUACCGUUACUGA